AUGAAGUCGAGCACAUACAGCACUCUGAUGAUCUUCCUUGGUGUCCUGGCCAUAUCGUUUAUGACUGUUUACGCAGCUCCGAUGGAAACAGAUGAAGAGCAAUCUGACAACGUGCUAGUUGCCAGGCCGGAAGACGUAGCGGACAUAUCUGCACAAUGGGAUGCUUUGAAUACUGCUGCUCUACGCAAACUACUUUUGCAGCUGGAUGCAGAAGAAAGAUUGGGAAUGGCUACCAGAGUCAGCCGCUCUUGGCCCCAGCCGGAGCAGCGUGGCUGGGGACUGCGGGCGAUGGAUGGCAGGAUCGCUAGACAAUGGCGCGCCGACAAGAGGCAGGUCCGCUUCCGACAAUGCUACUUCAAUCCCAUCUCCUGCUUCCGCAAGUGAAUCACCAUUAAUGUCAAUGACCCCUUACUUCUUUUAGCCAUAUUUGACACACGUUUACAUAAUUGAUACGAUGUUGAAGAAAACUCUAUUUUUGCUGUUUUAUGCCUAAGUAAUAUAUGUUUAAAAUUAGUCUUUAAGUAUUAGAUAACUAGUCAAAUAUACCAAAAUGUCAAUCUUUGUACAUUUUCUUUACUAUCUACAAUUUUAAAUUCUUCUAUUUUGUACUAGAAUGUUAAAUAUCGAGUACAUUAAACAUGUUCAUUUGUAUAAAGGUCACACGUCCUUUUCCGUUUCCUUUUAUAACAUAGUAGUUUUUUAAAACACACUUUUUUUUUCCUUCUAAUUUAUUCAUCAUGUUAUAUUUAGAUCAACGUUUCUAUCGAAAAGAAAAAGUAACAAUUUUUAGACUUUAUGCAUAUUUUUCAAGAUUAAUUGUCAGAAUUUAAAAGCUUUACAUUUUAUAAUUUUUCUUAGUUUUCUUGGAAAUUUGUAGUUAAGUAGUACUUUAUUCAGGACGGCUAUAGCCUGUAUUAAAAAUAAUAUAACAUUUACUCAAUAUAGCAUGAUCUCUUUUUAAGUCAACGUAAAUAUAUAUAAUAACUGCUAGAUUAAGGUUUGUUUACUAUACACAUCUAGUCAAUGAAUAAACGUAAUGUUUCUCCAAACUAAUGAUGUUUAAUUUUAAUAUCUUUUAUAAGUAAGUUAAAUAAACAUUUAGUACAAAUA